AGGUGCAAAUGAAAAACAGAUAAUAUGGCGGCGGAUAACGAUGAACAGAAUUUUAAAAAUGACAAAAAUGAUAAAGAUAUGUUUGAUGGUGAUGAUGACAAAAAUAGUAAAGAUGAUAAUACUGCUGAUGAUGCUGAUAUGGAGAAUGUGGAUGAGCGUGAAUCACUGGACAAUGAUGUGGACAAUGAGGAUCCCGGACAAACUGAAGAACAUCGAAAUGAUGGUAAUGAUAAUGAAAACAAGUCAGAGGACGAUAUGGAACAUGUUAUGAACGAGAAACUAGAUGAGGAUGACAAUCAAUCGAAUGAUGAUGUUGGUGAGGAAGCGAUAACAGAAGUGACUGAAAAAGAUGAAAAGGAGAUGCAAGGAGAUUCCCUGAACGAAACAAAUGAUGCUAAUCUGGAAGAGUUAAACAAAGAUGAUGAAGAAAUUCUGAAAGGCGGUGCCGGAGGAAUGGAUAGAGGAGCAAUGGAGGAUACAAUGGACAAAGAAUCUAUUUCAAAUCCGAACGUUCUGAAUGAGAACGAUGAGAAUAUGAAAGAGGAGUAUGAUGUUUUUAAAAACAAGUAUAUUGUUAGAAGUUAA